GCCGGAGCCGGGGGAGGCGGCUGGAGGCCCGGAUGUCACUGCCCCCGCCACCGCCACCGCCUCCACCAUGCCGCCCGGCCCCGGCCGCCUGGCCCGGGUGUCCCGCUGCCUCGGCUUCAGCGCCUGCCACCGCCUGCACAGCCCCUCACUGAGCAAUGAAGAAAACCUGAAGCUCUUUGGGAAAUGCAACAACCCUAAUGGGCAUGGGCACAACUAUAAAGUUGUCGUGACUGUACGUGGGGAGAUUGACCCUGUCUCAGGAAUGGUUAUAAACCUGACAGACCUGAAAGAGCAUAUGCAGGAGGCCAUCAUGAAGCCACUUGACCACAAGAACCUGGAUAAGGAUGUGGAGUAUUUCGCUGAUGUUGUGAGUACAACAGAGAAUGUCGCUGUCUUCAUCUGGGAAAACCUCCAGAAGCGCCUGCCCCCGGGGACUCUUUACAAGGUCAAGGUGUAUGAAACGGACCAGAACAUCGUCGUGUACAAGGGAGAAGAAACAACUCAUGAGAGAUGAAGCUGCAGCCUUGGCAUAGUCGAUCCUAAGCUUCUGGUGAAUAAUCAGAUCAGCAUAUCGGUGGAUUAUAUAGGUUCCCCCAUGCCGUGUCUGUGGCUUGUAGACAUUGAUUUUGUAGUGUUUAUUAAUAAGGACACCUAGACAUCUUUGGGGAGAAUUACUGCGGGAAGCUAAGGAGGCUUCCUGGUUGGUUCUGGGUUCUCAGAAUGUGCUGCCGUCUUUUUCUCAAGCAGGAGGCAGGGUACAAAUCAGAGAUACAUAGCAUAAGGUUUUGUAAGCAGCAGGCUUACUUCACUCAAAGCACACACAUGCACACAUAUAUAUGUACAUCAAAUAAACCAAGGCUGCUGCUUACGAAAGCAGAUGUUACACAUCUCUGUUUUAGUUAGAUCUACCCUGCCUGACUUCAGACUACCAUGGCUAACUACCUCUGUCUCACAACAUUUCAGUUCUGCAAACCCAAACCACCAAGGUUACGUGAGAUCCUCUGGGCCUUCAAUAAGGCUGUGCUGCUUUCUGGAAAUGGAGUGGACCAACUAUAUGUGCACCCUUUCCCCCGGCAAAAAGGGUUUAUCUUUUGCAAUUAAACCUUGUGGAAUCAGUG